AUGACUGUCACUGCUCCUAAUGCCAGCCCCAAGCCUCUCCGCAUCGGCGUUCUAUACGAAGAAGUCCAAUUAACAGACCUAGCAGGUCUAGAUAUUCUUGGAAACAUGUCUUCCCGAAUCGUCAACAUGGUCUCCAAUCUCAUUCCCGCCAUGGAAGAGCUCAAACCUUAUGCUAGCGAUAUGGAAUUCCUCUACAUCUCUUCCUCACUCGAGCCAGCCUGGGCAACGCCAGACAUGUACAUCCGGCCUACGCACACUUACGAGAACGCGCCGCGUGACUUGGACAUCAUCUUACUCGGGGGACCCGACCCCCAGAAGGUCCCCGAAGCCAGUCUGACGUUCCUGAGAGAGGCGAGCAAAGAGACGAAAGCCAUCUUGGCUACGUGUACGGGCGGUAUGUGGCUUGCCAAGAGUGGCAUACUAGAUGGGAAGAAGGCGACUACCAACCGAUUACUGCUGCCUGCAGCGAAGCAUGUGUUUCCAAAUGUGGAGUGGCAGGAUGAAAGGUGGGUCACUGUGGGCGGCCAUUUUGAAGACGCGCAGAUAUGGACAGCGGGAGGCGCAAAGUGCGGUAAGUUUCAGCGGAAGUCUUAUGUCUACACAAGAGCUAAUUCGAACACAGGAAUCGACAUGGUGAUCGAGUACGCCCUAGGAAACUUCCACGAAAAGCUGGUGAAAUCUUCAUGUGGGAGCUUGGAAUUCGAGAUCGAGGGAAGGAGCAAGAGUUAUAAGGGCCCAUUUGUUCCUGUUGUAUAG